AUGGAAGAAGAAGAAAUAAUUGAACCAAAAGAUUUUGAAAAUGAAGAAUCAGAAAAUAUCCAAAUGGAUGAAAAUGAAAAACAGAUACCAAUUCAAACUACAAAUGAUCCACAAAAUAAAAAUAUAAUGAGAAUUUUAGUUGCAACAGAUAAUCAUUUAGGAUAUUUAGAAAGAGAUCCAAUUAGAGGUGAUGAUUCAUUUAAUUCAUUUGAGGAGAUAUUAAAAUAUGCACAUACAUUAAAAGUUGAUAUGGUAUUAUUGGGUGGUGAUUUAUUUCAUGAUAAUAAACCAUCAAGAUCAUGUUUAUAUCGUACAAUGGAAUUAUUUAGAAAGUAUUGUUUAGGUGAUUCACCAGUUAGAAUUCAAUUUCUAUCGGAUCAAUCUGUUAAUUUUUCAAAUCAAUUUCAUACAGUGAAUUAUGAAGAUCCAAAUUUUAAUAUUUCAUUACCAAUAUUUUCAAUCCACGGUAAUCACGAUGAUCCAACUGGUGAGGGUGGUUUGGCAGCUUUAGAUUUAUUAUCAGUUUCGAAUCUAGUCAAUUAUUUCGGUAAAACUGAAGAUAUUGAUGAUAUUACAGUCUACCCAUUACUACUUGGUAAAGGUGAGACAAAAAUAGCGAUCUACGGGUUAGGUAAUAUUAGAGAUGAGCGUUUGCAUAGAACUUUUCAAAAGCAAUCAGUGAAAUUAAUGAGACCGGUGGAAUCAAAAGAUGAAUGGUUCAAUAUUUUAGUACUUCAUCAAAAUAGGGUAGCCCACAAUCCAAAGAAUUAUGUUCACGAGAAGAUGAUAGAAAGUUUCAUAGAUUUCGUUCUAUGGGGACACGAACAUGAAUGUUUAGUCAAUCCACAGGCAUCGUCAGUGGGAGAAUUCCAUAUUUCACAACCUGGUUCUUCAGUAGCUACAGCUUUAUCAGAGGGUGAAUCAAAGGAUAAAUUUGUAGGAUUGUUGGAGGUUUAUAAAAAUCAAUUCCGUUUUAAACCAUUCCCAUUGAACACGGUUAGACCAUUCAUUAUGGAUCAAAUCAUACUUGCAAAUAGUAACAUACAUCCAACACAACAGAAUGAUGUAAUUCAAUGGAUUGAGCAAAAAGUAGAAUCAAUGAUUGAACAAGCCAAAUUAAAAUCUCAAGGUAAACCCAACGAAUCAAUGUUACCAUUGAUAAGAUUAAAAGUUGAUUAUACUGGUUAUAGUACUAUCAAUCCUCAAAAGUUUGGUCAAAGAUUUCAAGGCCGUGUAGCAAAUCCAAAUGAUGUUUUAUUAUUCCACAGAAAGAAACCAACCACUUUAUCAAGUAAAAAACAAAAGGAUGGUGGUGAAUUGGAUGUGAAUUCAAUCAAAGAAAAAGAAGAAGAUAAAGUGAAAGUGGCCGAUUUCAUAAGUGAAUUCUUGGGUAAUACACCAAAUGAUCGUUUACAAAUUCUAUCAGAGAAUGAUCUAUUCAAUAGUUUACAUUCAUUCGUUGAAAAGGAUGAAACCGAUUCAAUAUUGAAAAUGGUUGAUCUCUCUUUAAAAUCGACUCAAAAAUAUUUAAAUUCAAAAAUCUCUUCAAAAGAUGCUUACCCAGAUUUCAUUGCUAAAUAUAUUGAUGAUAAUUUCCCAUUACCACAUCAAAAUGUAUCUUCGGUCAAUUCAGAUUUAUUACCAAUAAAUAAUCCAAAUGAAUUUGAAUCAAAUUUAUUAGAUGAAGAUUCUCAUGGUCAUGAACAUGGUCAUAGUCAUAAUCAUAGUCAAAUGAUUGAUAAUGAUGAUGAUGAAAACAUUUUAAAUCAAAGAACAAUUUUUAAAUCACCACAAUCAAAUAAAACAGCACCAACAACAACUACUACCACCACUACUACUACAUCUUCACAAAUUUCAACAAGAAGAAAAUCUUCAACUCAAUCUUCAACUCAAUCUUCACAAACUUCAAUUAUAAUAGAUGAUGAUGAUGAUGAUGAUGAAAUUAAUGAAGAUAAUGAUGAUAAUGAUAAAGAUUUUGAAAGUGAUGAAGAGAAAACUCCACCAUCAAAGAAAAGAGGUAAAGUUAAACAAGUUGGUUCAGUUUCAAAAAGAUCAAGAUCAAAGAAAUAA